CAGGCGAGUUCAGUAGACAACGGCUCUUUAAACACAACGUUCGAGUGUUAAUGUGAACGGGUCCAACUGUAACGCGCUGUGACGUGUGGAAAAUUCUAUUAGACACCGAAUAAAAGAACAACAAUAAAUUAAAAAAAAGAAAAAUAACAAAGGAUUGCAAAUCGACAACUGAGAAAAUUAAAUAAAAAACAACAAAGAAAAUAAUAUUAAAUUUAAAAGAAAAAAGAAAAUAAAAAUUACAACGUUUUUUUAGUUAGUGUCAUACAAAAGCACAACGUAUUAACAAAAUAAUAAAAUAAAAAAAGAAAGAGAGCAAAAAACAAAAUUGCCAACAAAUACAAAAAAGUGAAGAAAGAAUAAAUAAAUCGUGUAAUUCAGAGGCAAAGUUCAUCAAAAGUUUGAAACAAAGCCAAGUGUGAAUAGAGUUGAAAGAAAUUUAGCUAAAAUAAAGGAAUUAAAUAUUCUCCCACUCCCUCAAUGAUGUGUCCUACUUAAUAACCUAUUGCAAUAAUAAAAACGAAAACCAACAGCUACAACCUAUCAUUGACUGCUUUUAUAAUCUCUGAACAAAAAAAAAAAAAAAAAAAAAAAAAACGAAAUAAAAUAAUAAUGAACCACAAUUAUUGUCUUCAAUGAAACGCAAUUGUAUUAUUACAAACCAUACAUCUGUCUAUCUAUCUACCCCGCAGCUACCACCAACAUCAUCAAUAUAACAACAACAACUGUUAUCAAUACCAAAAGUGAUCAAUACCCAUAGCAACAACAACAUCAGCAAUAAAUCCCCCACUAACUGCAAUCGUUGUGUCGUUGUGCGAUUCUAACUAGGCAAGUGCGGAUCCUAUCUGAUCCGAUCCGACCCACCCAUCCAUAUUCAUUCCACAUGCAUAUGGGGAAGUUGUGCAAAUAUUUAGACAACAAUAACAACUAAGCCUACCAAAAAGCAAACGCGGAACCUGUCAUUGCGUCUCCUCAACACAACCACCGAAUACCGGCCAAAUCAUCACCAAACUCAACACCUGCUGUCUAUCAACCUCUGCUAUUUGGCUGCUGCUGCAACUAAUUUUAUUAUCUUUCCCCCUCGAACCCGAACCCCAACAUCAUCGUCAUCAUCUUCCAGUUUGACGUUUCAUAUUAAUCUGUCAUCUGUUAAACAUGGCUUUUGUGGAAAUCGUUGUGAUAAACGUUUUUGCGGUUGAACGUCAAAAUCGCUUGCAUGCGCAUUUGUUUUGAUCGGCUGUGCUUCGCCAGAGAGAGGCCAGCCCAAACAGAUAACAACAGUGCCAAUAAUGCUACUUUCCAGCGAAGGCCGGAACAUCAACUUCACACCUAUGCCGAUAUUGGCAAGCCAAACAACAAUAGUACCCCCGCAACACCAGCAGCAGCAACAACAACAACAAAUGCUAAAACAGCAACCACCAGUGUCAUCACCACAAGUCCUACCUGUACCUACCUUACAACAACAACAACAGCAGCAGCAAAGAGCACAGUCACAACACUAGCACCUCGCCAACAAGCACCAGCGACAGUCGCCACGACAUACACAACCGUUGCCAGACUGGGACCAACGAAUGGUGCCUCCAUUAAUGCCCUGGAUCCACCGUCAGCCUCAGCACUCGUAGACAACAACAAUAGAAAUAACAACAGCAACAAAAAAAAUAAUUUAGAUUUAAAAGAUCACCAGCAUAGUCAGAUCGGCUCGUUGAGUUCCGCAACACGUGUGGUGGAAGCAACGAAGGCUACACCAACAGCAGCAGCAACGACAGCGACAGAAGAAAGCAAAACACCCACGCCCCAAGUAAAUAUUUUGGAAAAACAAUCUUCAGGCAGUCCGGCGGAAACGCUUCCAACUCAAAAACAACAACACAAAACACCUGACGAAGAUAUUGCCAAGAAUCAUCAUCAAAAAGAACAACAAACCAUUAGUCAAGAAGCAGACAGCGUAGCUGCGAACAAAAACAACAGCAGCAACAGCAAAAGCGAUACACAACAUCGAGAGUCGCAGCCACCGUUGGCCAACGGCAAAGCCGUCGACGACGACGACUCAUCACCAGCCGACAGCGCAUCUAACGACGAGGCAGCCGAAACAUCAUCAGCUAAAAUGCAGCAAGAACCAAAUGCCAACAUCCAGUUCCAACCCGAUCUGGGCCUCGUGAACAACAAUAAUUUGCAAGCGCUCGGUGGCGCACUAAUCGAUGGUAGUACGGGUGCCGCCAUACGUCUGUCCUUGCCAUUGAAUCCCACGGACGUGCUAACGCACACGCUCAUCUACGGUACCGUGCCCACGGGGGCCCAACAACUGAACACCGAUCCCAAUCUCCAGGCACGCAACUAUCUACACCAGCAGGAGUUGCAACUGCAGCAACGCUACCAGCAACUUCAACAGUUGCAGGCUCAGACGCAGGGCCUUUUCGCCACCGCUCCAUCCAGCACACCGAUCAUCCUACAACAGCCCACCAGUGCCACAACGCCUGGCACAGCGGUUUACGCCGCUACCACACCCACCGAUUUUUGUGCCCAACAAAAACUCCUGGCCGCCCAGAUGCAGGGUCUGUGUAUCUCGACGCCGAACGCCACGGCGACCACAGUCAGUGCGGGAACUGUUUUGGACCCAACCGCAGGCGGUGGUGGUUUCAAUCUACACAGCAGCAAUACCAGUUCAUCCUAUGUGCCGGCCACACCUCAGGAGGAGCGUUUGCUCCAGUGUAUCCAGGCCAAGGACCUGAAGAUACAGGAAAUGCAACGAGCCCUCCAAUACAAAGACAACGAAAUAGCCGAACUUAAAUCUCAUCUGGACAAGUUUCAGAGUGUUUUUCCGUUUUCGCGUAGCGGUGCCUCGACGCCGUGUGGCGGUGUGGGAAGUGUGGGCGGAGCGGCGGCGGCCGCCGUCAUUGUCGGCGGUGUACGUAAAUCUGGUCAAUCGUUUCAGCGGCAACGUGCUCAGGGUAUAUCAGCUGAGCCGCAGAGUGAAUCGUCGGUGCUGUUGAAUAAUGUCACGUUCCCCAAAUACGAUAAGGAUGAUAAAUCACGUGAACUUAUUAAAUCUGCCAUUUUGGACAAUGAUUUCAUGAAGAAUCUGGAUAUAACGCAAAUUCGUGAGAUCGUCGAUUGCAUGUACCCGGUUAAAUAUGCCGCCAAGAGUCUCAUUAUCAAGGAGGGUGAUGUCGGCAGCAUUGUUUAUGUCAUGGAAGAUGGCCGCGUGGAAGUUUCCCGGGAGGGUAAAUACCUAUCGACUUUGUCGGGCGCCAAGGUUUUGGGCGAACUGGCCAUUUUGUAUAACUGUCAACGUACCGCCACCAUCACCGCCAUAACCGAAUGCAAACUUUGGGCCAUUGAGCGACAAUGUUUCCAAACGAUUAUGAUGCGUACCGGUCUGAUACGUCAAGCCGAAUAUACCGACUUCCUGAAAAGUGUGCCCAUAUUUAAAAAUCUCCAGGAAGAUACGCUCAUCAAGAUUUCCGAUGUAUUGGAAGAAACACAUUAUCAACAGGGUGAUUAUAUAGUACGCCAAGGAGCAAGAGGUGACACCUUCUUCAUCAUAUCCAAAGGCCAGGUGCGUGUCACAAUCAAACAACCCGGCACUCAGGAAGAGAAAUUCAUUCGAAUUCUUAGCAAAGGCGAUUUCUUUGGCGAAAAGGCGUUGCAAGGGGAUGACUUGCGUACUGCUAACAUCAUUUGUGAUUCACCCGAAGGUGUUACCUGCUUGGUCAUAGAUCGUGAAACCUUCAACCAGCUAAUAUCGAAUUUAGAUGAAAUCAAACAUCGUUACGACGAUGAAGGCACCCUGGAGAGAAGAAAGAUCAAUGAAGAAUUCCGCGAUGUCAGUCUUACCGAUCUGCGUGUCAUUGCCACCUUAGGUGUUGGCGGUUUUGGUCGCGUCGAAUUGGUACAAAUACAUGGCGAUGCCAGCCGUUCCUUUGCCCUGAAACAAAUGAAAAAGGCUCAAAUUGUCGAGACCCGCCAACAGCAGCACAUCAUGUCCGAAAAGGAGAUAAUGGGCGAGGCCAAUUGUCAAUUUAUUGUUAAGCUCUUUAAAACAUUUAAGGAUAAGAAAUAUCUCUACAUGUUAAUGGAAUCCUGCCUGGGCGGAGAACUGUGGACCAUACUGCGUGAUAAGGGAAAUUUCGAUGAUUCCACAACUAGAUUUUAUACGGCAUGUGUUGUUGAGGCUUUUGAUUAUCUGCAUUCACGCAAUAUCAUCUAUCGCGAUUUGAAACCCGAAAAUCUCCUGUUGGAUGAGAAGGGAUAUGUCAAAUUGGUGGACUUUGGUUUUGCCAAGAAACUGCAAUCGGGUCGUAAGACAUGGACUUUCUGUGGCACACCGGAAUAUGUGGCACCAGAAGUCAUUUUGAAUCGUGGCCAUGACAUUAGUGCCGACUAUUGGUCUUUGGGUGUAUUGAUGUUUGAAUUGUUGACAGGUACUCCACCUUUUACCGGUUCGGAUCCCAUGCGUACCUAUAACAUUAUUCUGAAAGGCAUUGAUGCCAUUGAAUUCCCCCGCAACAUUACUAGCAAUGCCCGCAAUCUUAUCAAGAAGCUGUGCCGUGACAAUCCUGCUGAACGUUUGGGUUAUCAGCGUGGCGGCAUUAGUGAAAUACAAAAGCAUAAAUGGUUUGAUGGUUUCUAUUGGUGGGGCUUACAAAAUCGUACUCUAGAGCCGCCCAUCAAGCCCACCGUUAAGGGUGUAACGGAUACAACUAAUUUCGAUAACUAUCCACCCGAUCCAGAGGGACCACCACCUGAUGAUGUCACCGGAUGGGAUAAAGAUUUUUAAUCGCAGCAAUUGUUGAAAAGCGGAAAAGCGCAAAAGAAAUAAAAAACGUUUUUUUUUUUUUUUUUGUAAUUUUGUUAAAAACAAACAGCUACUAGAAGAAAGAAAGAAAUCAAUUUAAAUUAUAGUCUUCCAAACUACUUUUUGCUCUCCCAAAAAAAAAAAAACACAAAACAAAAAGAAGGACGGAUGCAAUAAAAAUACGAUAAAAAAUAAUUAAUUAAUUAGUGUUAUGAAUACUAUUCUAACCUUUCAAUGCAUAUUUUUUUAAUUAUUUUUCUUUUGUUUAUAUUAAUUUAUGUGUAUUUUUGUUGUUGUUACCGUUUUAAAGAACAAAAAUAAUUGCAUAUAUACAAUUAAAUGAUGAGAAGGAAUUCAGCAGAUCUAUACCAUGAUUUCGAUUCCCACUCUGUAUUGGGUAAGGUUUACUAAAAAACAACAAAAUAAUUACCGAGUUAAAUAUUUAAAUUUAUUGUUUAAGUUUUAAUACUUAUUUCUUAAAAAGUGUAAUAAUGAAACAUACAAAUAAGCCCAAUUCCUAUAAGACCUAUUCAAAAUUGAAAAGAAAAUCUCACCAAAUCCACCGUCUCAAUGUCCACCAUUAACAAUCCCCAAAAACCAUUUAUGUAAAUAUGCAUUAGAAGGUUAUACAAAAAUUAAAAAAAAAACAAACAAAUGGCUUUUUCAAUUAGAAUUUAAAAAAGGAAAAAAUUAUAAAAAAAUAUAUAUUUUUUGAUUAUUUUUAAAUUAAAUGAAAUAUAUAAAUAUCAACUAUUGUGUAUCUAUCUGUUUGUAAUUAGAAAGUAAUCAUGUGUGUAAGAAGAAAUUAUUUUUACAGAUUUUAUUUAGUUGUAAAAAUAAUAAUUAUAAAGAUGAUAAUAAAAUGUAAAACAACGAA